AUGAAAAUUUACAGCAAAUUUUGCACGAUACUAAAAUCGACAGCUAGUUUUAAUGAGAGACACUUUGUUGAUAAGAUGAAAAUAAAAGUGAAAGCUGGUGAUGGUGGUAAAGGAUGUGUGUGCUAUUAUAGAGAUCGUAUUGUAGUUACAGGUGCCCCCGAUGGAGGAGAUGGAGGAAAAGGAGGAGAUAUAUAUUUGAAGGCUUCCGAAUAAAUAUAUGAUCUAAGUAUUAUAAGAAAGCCACAUUUAUUUGGGAUUAAUGGAAAAUAAGGAAUGAAAUUGAAAUGCAAUGGGAAAACAGGUUCAGAUAUAAAAGUUAAUGUUCCUUUGGGAACCUUGGUUUAUGAGUUAAAAUCAGAUGAUACAAAAGAAUUGAUAGCUGAUCUUGAUGAACAAAAUAAGGAGUGCUUGGUUGCAAAAGGUGGUGCUGGAGGAAAGGGAAAUGCAAGAAAUAUAGGGAUUAGAGAAGUGCAAUUGGGAUAAUAAGGACAGGAAAAGGACAUAUUUUUAGAAGUGAAGACUCUAGCAGACAUAGGAUUGGUAGGAUUUCCCAAUGCAGGAAAAUCAACAUUUUUAGCUGCAGCCUCAAGAGCUUUGCCUAAGAUUGCUGAUUACCCAUUUACAACAUUGAAUCCUAUGGUGGGGAAGGUGAGAUUUGUAGAUAAUAUGGAAAUGACCAUAGCAGACAUUCCAGGGUUAAUAGAAGAAGCCCAUAAUGAUAAGGGAUUAGGGCAUGAAUUUUUGAGACACAUUGAAAGAUGCCGAUUAUUACUAUAUGUAUUAGAUGGUUAAGCAGGAAAUAUAGAGGAGCAAUUACAAAUACUAAAGAGUGAAAUUAAAGAGUAUAAUGAGAAGAUUUUAGAAAAGCCUUAUCUAGUUUGUGUUAAUAAGGCUGAUCUGAUAAAAUAAGAAUUUGAUUACAUGAUGAUAAGUGCUAAGCACGGAUAGAAUGUUGGUUAAUUAUUGUUGAAAUGUAAAUAUUAAAUUGAGAAGAUCAGAAAUGAAAUGUUAAUGAACAAGCAGAAGGAUAGAGAGAAUGAGAAAAGUUAUUAAUUAAAGAGAUAAUAAUUAGAAAAGGAAUUGUUUGGGUCAACAGGGAGAUCUAAUUGA